GUCAGGCUCUGUGUUGGUUGGAGGGAGCAUGUGGGUCUGCAGCAAGCUGUGGCGGGUGCAAACCGCCGCCCGGCAGUGGCGGGGGCUGCUCCCAGCUUCUGGCUGUCACGGACCUGCCGCCUCCUCCUACUCCGCAUCCGCCGAGCCUGCCCGGGUCCGGGCGCUUGUCUAUGGGCACCACGGGGAUCCAGCCAAGGUCGUCGAGUGUACAGCCUUGGCCUCAAAGGAGCCAUUGUGACCUUAUCCAGGCUGGGAUCUGUUGAUUGAGGACAGUGGCAUCCCCUCAAGUUGCAUGGCGCCAUUACACUCACAGAGGGAGGACGUGAACGAGGUAUAACCAGGGAAUUGUUUCAAAGGUUUCUUUGGAUAUUCCUACAACUGAUAACAGAUGCCAUUUCUUCAGCAUCUACUGUAACCAUAAUUCCUGGGCACACAUGGCAGCUCAGAAAUGUUGCCUGACCUACUUUGGGGAGAUGAUUUGAGCGAAACACCCAAUCUAGCCUGGAUAACAUGAACAUCUCCGUUUGGCUUUGUGCUUAGACUCAAGAACCUGGAGCUAGCUGCUGUGGGAGGAUCAGAUGUCCGUGUGAAGAUGCUGGCGGCCCCUAUCAAUCCAUCUGACAUAAAUAUGAUCCAAGGAAACUACGGCCUCCUUCCCGAACUGCCAGCUGUUGGAGGGAACGAAGGUGUUGCACAGGUGGUAGCAGUGGGCAGCAGUGUGACCGGGCUGAAGCCAGGAGAUUGGGUGAUUCCAGCAAAUGCUGGUUUGGGAACCUGGCGGACCGAGGCUGUGUUCAGCGAGGAAGCACUGAUCCAAGUUCCGAAUGACAUCCCUCUUCAGAGCGCUGCCACCCUGGGUGUCAAUCCCUGCACAGCCUACAGGAUGUUGAUGGACUUCGAGCAACUGCAGCCAGGGGAUUCUGUCAUCCAGAAUGCAUCCAACAGCGGAGUGGGGCAAGCAGUCAUCCAGAUCGCCGCAGCCCUGGGCCUAAGAACCAUCAAUGUGGUCCGAGACAGACCUGAUAUCCAGAAGCUGAGUGACAGACUGAAGAGUCUGGGGGCUGAGCAUGUCAUCACAGAAGAGGAGCUAAGAAGGCCCGAAAUGAAAAACUUCUUUAAGGACAUGCCCCAGCCACGGCUUGCUCUCAACUGUGUCGGUGGGAAAAGCUCCACAGAGCUGCUGCGGCAGUUAGCGCGUGGAGGAACCAUGGUAACCUAUGGGGGGAUGGCCAAGCAGCCCGUCAUAGCCUCUGUGAGCCUGCUCAUUUUUAAGGAUCUCAAACUUCGGGGCUUUUGGUUGUCCCAGUGGAAGAAGGACCACAGUCCAGACCAGUUCAAGGAGCUGAUCCUCACACUGUGCGAUCUCAUCUGCCGAGGCCAACUCACAGCCCCUGCCUGCUCCCAGGUCCCGCUGCAGGACUACCAGUCUGCUUUGGAAGCCUCCAUGAAGCCCUUCAUGUCUUCAAAGCAGAUUCUCACCAUGUGAUCAUCCCAAAAGAGCCGGAGUGACGUGGAAGGGGAGGCGGAUCUGAGGGGCUGGGUGCAGGCCCCUCAGUCAGGGUUCCCACCUUCCCCAGACUACUGCUCUCCUCACUGCCUCUUCCUAUUAGGAGGAUGGUGAAGCCAGCCAUGGUUUUCCCCAGGGCCAGCCUUAAGGUAUCUAAUAAAGUCUGAACUCUCCCUUCCAAAAA